AAAAUUUGAAAUUUUUCAGGCAAAUAGAUCUUGGUGAGUGCAACAAAAAUUGGUGUAGACUCAAAAUUUCAAGAUGCUUUUCUGCAGAGUUGCAAAAGCUAAAAAUGAUUUCCUCCCAGUCUCAACCACAAUACGUUUGAUAGAGCUAAAACUAUUUCCUAUAAAUACUAAACACUGUUUGGAUUACUGGCUACAUUUUUUCGGUUUCUUUUUAUCUCCUUUCAUUCGAAUAAAAAUACCAAAAUUUUGAGAGCAUCCUCAAAAAUCCAUGUGUCUCUUUUAAUUAGAAGAUUGUUUGUAAAUCCUGGCGAAAACCAGCGGUAUAUCAUAUUUUGAAAGAAAAAGCAUCCUAAUUACUUUCUAGUAUAAGUAAAAGAAAGUUUCGGCUCGAUCGGUUCUCAACUUUUUCUGUCAAAAAAAAGUUAAAUUUUUCCGUCUUUUCCAACUUUGAAUCUUAAAAUAUAUCCAUUAAAUAGAGGGUACAUGGAACCUUAUAUAAAAUAGAAAAAUACAAAAUCUAAAACUUUUUUGUUCUGGAAACGAGGGUUUUGCUUAAGUAAGAAACCCAAAUACUUUUAAGGUUAUUGCAUGUGUACUGAUAACUUUUAGAGAUAAAUCUGUUGCAACUAUUGUUGAUUCUCAUCUAUUUCGAUGUAUCUUCUAAGCAAAUCUUUAUGAAAAUAUUAUUUAUGAAACAGACAAAAAUACGAAAACGAAUAGCUUAGAGUCAAGUGUUCAACAAUGAAUAAAGAGUAAACAUCAAUGAAUAGCAAGUUCAAAUUGACAAAUUCAUGUCUACAAUUUUACUAAUUAUGUUUAUGUAUUUUUCAUCUUUAUUAACACUCUUUAUUCAUACUUGACUAUGCUAAACGAAAAUUGUUUUACAUUAAUUUUAUUUUUUUGUUUUGUGAUAAAAUAGAUGUCGAAUAUAUUUGAUGAAAAUGUACGUAUAACAUUAAUGAAGUUUUUGGGAACUAAGAAAAAGCCAAAAAAAAAGUUGCUACAGAUUGAUUUGCUGAUGCUCUGUUUAAAUGCUAAUAAUUAAAAACAAAACCAGCUAUGAAAUAUGUUAAACUAUUUUCUAGUAAAAUUUUUCUUUGAUUUAUUUUGAAUAGAUGAAGAAGAAAAUGAUUUACUCUAUCGUCUUCAUGGUUUUGUUAAAACUGGUCAAGCAUAUACGUCCGGUUUAGGUGAUUUUGCACGUACAACAGGCAAUGAUUCAGGUUAUUCAAGUCAACAAACAGGACGAGAAAAUAAUAUUGAAAAUGCUAAAUUAGAAUCUCUUCUAUCUACGAAACCAUUUCAUAUUUAUAAUAAAUGUUUAAUUGAUCCUGAACAAUUCAAUCGUGAAUAUACAGUUGGUGUUUUUACAACAAAUACUGGUCAACAAUCACGUUAUUGUGAUAAAUCAAAAGUGGGUAAUGUUACAUUAUAUCCAACACCAGAAGGUUAUAUGCUUGGACCACAUUCCGUUACUGUUUCACCAGAAACAUUUCCUAUUUAUGCUAAUGUAUCUCCAACACAAUCAUUAACACAUACUGAUUCUCAAUUUUUUGCAUGUGUUAAUAUUCCACCUGAUGGUCUUUCAUCAAAUCGUCCAUUAUCAACAUCACGACAUAAUCCAGAUGAAGUUCGUUUACAAGGACCAGUUAUAUUUCGUCAAGAUACAAUAUUAAAAUCUGAAAAUGUUUCUCCUGUAUCAGUUAAAAUUCGUAGUUUAAAAUUUCCUCAAGUUGAAAAAAGUACAAUGACUGAUCCAGAUGCAAUUCGUCGUGAAAUCGAUCGAACAUCAGAUGAAAUUGAUUAUUUAAAAUUAAAAUUACAACAUAAAGAAAAUCAUUUACAACAUAAUGAUCAAUUACAUUUGUUAAGAGAUACAUUAGAACAACAAAUAAGAGAAAUUGAACGUGUUAAAAUUCUUCAUCAAGAUUUAUUAAAUAGUGGUCGUGAUAAUGAAGAAAAUAUACUUGAUUUAUCACAACAAAUUCAACGUAUACAACAAAAUGUUCAUGGAUAUUUACGUCCAACUCUAUUACGUCUAGUAGAUGAUACAUCACGAAUAAAUACAGGAAAAUUAAUACCAUUAACAAAUGAUGAUCAUUGGAUAUGUAAUGUUCCUCGACAUGCUGAUCUUGAACAAAUAAUUGCUGAUCUUGAAGUAAAAAUGGAUGAACAACAACAAGAAUUAGCUAAUUUAAAACAUGAAAAUCGUCGAUUAGAACGUUCAUUAAUUAAAAAAACUAUUAAAAUUGAUGCACUUGAUUUAGCUUCAUCGCGUAAACGAUCACGAUCAAUUGCUGAUUCAGCUGAAACAGAUAGUCUUCAAGAUGAUAUUUUUGUUUUGGAACAACAACUUGUUCGUAAACAACGUGAAAUUACACUUGCACAAGAACAAUUAAAACAAAUGACAUCAUUAUCUCAAAAUGUUAUUCAUGAUUUAAAAACAGCUCGUCAACGACAUACAAUAACUAAACGUGAAACUAAAGGACUUGAACAAAAAAUUGAAUAUUUAACACGAAAAUUAUAUAAGUUGACAAGUGAUACAAAGCAAGCUGAAGAAAGUUAUGCAAAAACAACAACUAAUAUUCAAUUAAUGAAUAAAGAACAAGUUAAAUUAGAAAAGAUAGUUGAUGAAAAACGAGCAUUAUCAAUUGUUCUUGAUGAACAACUUCGUUCAUCAUUAAAUUCAUUUAAUUCUCUUCUUAAUUCAUCUAUUAAAUGUUUACAAGAAUUAACAUCAACUACAAGAAUAAUCGAUGAUGAAUUUCAUUUUAAUUCAUUACCACCACCACCAUCAUUACAAAUAAAUCCAAUAUCAUCACAUUUAGCACCAGAUGAAAUUCAACGACAAAUUUCACAUAUUAUUUCUGAAAAUCAUCGUAUUCUUUCACGUUAUCAUUCUAUAUUACAACAACAAAAACAAAAAUCAACAUUAUUAAAAAAUGAAUUAACAGAAAAAGAAACAAUUUUAGUUAAUGUUAAAUCAGAUUUAGAUGCUUAUAAUGAACAAAUAAGAAAAAAUGCUAAAGAACUUUUACAGGACAAAAAUGUUUUGGAAGAAUUAGAACGUGUUAAAGAAUUAAAAUCUGAUAAAUUAGCUGAACUUGAUCGUCUUAUUGAACGUCGUCAAACACAAGAAAGACAAGCACAACAAGAAUUAGAACAAUUAACAAAUGACCAACAACGUUUAAAAAAACAAUAUAAAGAUAUUCUAUCUGAACAUGAUCAAUUACAACAUACAAUUGAAGCUGAUCGUCAAGUUUUAAAUGAAAUGAAAAAUGAAUCAACACGUUUACGUGAACAAAUUAAAUCAUUUCUUGAUGAUAAAGAAACAUUAGAUGAAACUUGUGAUUUAUUAGCUAAAAAAUGUGAAGCUUUACAUAAUGAAUGUAAAGAAAAAGAAAAUAAUUUACCAAUACUUAUAUCACAAAUAGAUGAAAAAUUAACUGUAUGUAAAAAUUUAGAAGAUGAAAUUAAAAAAUUAAAAACAGAUAAAACACGUUGUCUUGAAGAAGUUACUGAAAUGAAAAUUAAAAUUGAAAAAAAACGUAUUGAACUUGAACAUUCACCUCAUGGUAUUGAAUUUGAACAUCGUAAUGAAGAAUUAAAACAACGUAUUAAACGUAAUGAACAAGAUUUAGAUAGACUUAAUAGUGAUAUUGAUGAACGUAAUCGAACAUUAAAUGAAUUAAAUACAAUGAUUGCAUAUGCAAAAAAUAUUAUGAAAAAUAUUCAACCAAAUGAAAAUCGUCGAAAUUAUAAACAUAGUUCAUCAUCAGAUUUUUCAAUUGUCGAUCAACGACAUCAACAAGAAAAUACAGCAUAUUAUGAAACGAAAAUUCAACGAUUAACAAAAGCUCUUGAUGAUAAAGAACAAGAACUUCGUUCAUUAAAUAUGCAAUUAAUAACAACAAAAGAUGAACUUUUACAAAUGCAAUAUAAAGUACAAAAUCAAGAAUCAAAUGCUGAUGGUAUACGUAAUUCAAUGCAAAUUGAAUUAGAUAAAUUAAGACAUUGGUUACAAAUAUAUGAAAAUCGAAAAGCAAUGUUACGUCCGCAAUAUCAUGAAACAUUAAAAGAAUUAGAAUUAAAAUUACAUGAACAAGAAAUGUUUUUUAGAAAACAAAUUAAAGAUCUUGAUUCAGAAAUGAAAAAAAAAUAUCAUGGAAAACCAUCAGAUGAUUCAGGAUUUCUCAGCGAUACAACCUUAUAUGAUAAUCGUAUAUCGCCAACAAAUGAUACUAAUGAUACUUCCAUGUUACGUGAACAAAUUCAAAAUAUAUUUUCCCAACAUGUUCAAGAAUUAGAUAAAUGUAAUACAAAAUAUAAAACAAAUUUAUCAAAUUUAAAAAAUCGUCUUCAUGAAUUAGAAAAUUCUGCAACAACAACAAAUAGAUUAGAUUCUUAG